AUGACGUUUGUACUGGGAUCAGCGUGGUUGCUGUCGGCCUUUCUGCUGGUGUUCACGCCUUUGUCGGCUGGGGCCUGUUUACCUCAGGAGUAUACCUGCUCUCAGGGAUUAUGUGUUCCUGAGGACUGCUUGUGUGAUUUCACAGACGACUGUGGGGAUGGCAGCGAUGAGAGAGACUGUUCAGGAUAUAAGAGGUGUGACUUUGAAGAGGGAUUCUGUGACUUGACCCAGAGCUCAGAGGAUGGAUCUGGCUGGACCAGAGCGACUGAGGUGCAGGGUCUCAAACAUGACCACAACAACUACACAUCAGCAUAUUUUGUAUCCCUUGUACCUGUCAGAGAAAACACAACCACGGCCAACCUGAACAGCCCCGUCUUCCAGCCCAGUCACACCUGUCAGAUGAGCUUCUACUAUUACAUUGGGGGCCAACAUGGAGGGCUUGAAGUGCUUGUUAGGACUCAAACACAGGGUCAAAGCACAGAGGUGUGGAAAGUCUCCCCAGGGCAUGAGACCGAAACAUGGCAGCAGGCGCUGAUAAAGAUGAAUCACAGUCAUGAAUUCCAGGUGAUAAUUCGAGGGCAACUUUCAGCAGACAGCGAAGCCUCCGAGGUCCUGGCCAUCGAUGACCUAUCCUUCAGUCUGAGCUGCCUUCCUGUGCCUGAGAGCAGUACCCCCCCUCCUCCUGUUUGCCCUCCAUUGUGGUUUGCUUGUGCUAGUGGCGAGUGCAUUGAGGAGAGUAAAGUUUGUGACUUCACCCCACAUUGUCCCCAUGGAGAGGACGAGGCCAACUGCUCCUCCAAGUGUGACUUUGAGGAUGGCUCUUGUGGCUGGUAUGAGCUCACCCUUGGUGAUGGCUUUGACUGGGUCAGAGGCUCCUCUGCAGAGGUUCCUCCAGACUACUAUGGCCGCCCACCACCGCUGGAUCACACAAGCAACAGCACAGAAGGUCACUUCAUGUUCAUAAUGAAGAACAGCAGCAGUUUCUAUCCGACGGCUGUUCUUCGAGGACCCUGGUUCAAGCAGUCGGCCUCUGGGUGCACCAUGACAUUCUGGCAUUAUAACUCAGGCAUAUCUAUUGGAGCCGCAGACAUGUACCUCCGAAUCGAUGGAGUCCCGAACAACACCGUCAUAUGGAGGACUUUGUACGACCAGGGACCCCGUUGGCACCAGGUUACCGUGCAGCUGGGCCGCAUCACCCGGCCCUUCCAGAUCGCUCUAGCUAAGAUCAGCUUGGCUGUGUUUGACGGGGUUUCCGCCUUGGACGAUGUCACCUUCAGGAACUGUUCGAUGCCCCCAGCUGUGGCAGAGUGCCCAGCGCACACUCAUUUCCACUGCAGACACAGCAGGGCAUGUGUGGAGCAAAUGCAGCUCUGUGACCUUGUGGAUGACUGUGGGGAUGGAUCUGAUGAGGAGGGAUGCUCAUCAGAGCUUCAGUGUAACUUUGAACACGGUCUGUGCAGCUGGAAACAGGAGCAGAGCGGAGGAGAUGUAUUUGACUGGACCCUCAUUCAAGGCCCCACACCGUCCAUCAACACAGGGCCCUGGAAGGACCACACAACGGGCACCAGCUAUGGCCACUACCUGUACAUUGAGUCCUCCGCCCCACAGGCGUUCAAGGAUACGGCUGUGCUGCUGAGCAGGGUCUUCCAACCCACCCACCAGCGUGGCACGGAUCCAUCCAGGUCCCGCCAACACUGUGUCUUCCGCUUUCAUUACCACAUGUUCGGCUCACACGUGUUCUGCUUAACAGUGUACCUCAGGACCACUGCUACAGGCCGGGGCCACAUAGUGUGGGUACGAUAUGGCAACCAGGGAAACCUAUGGCACAGGAAGACUCUCUACCUAAACAGUGCUCGACCUUUUCAGAUUUUGAUUGAAGGUACAGUUGGAGAUGAUUUUCAUGGAGAUAUUGCCAUUGAUGACCUUUCCUUCCUGAACUGUGUCCCAUAUGAAGGAGAGCUCCUCAAACCAAACACCACAACCCCUACAGUGACCCCUCCAGCCUCCACGGUCCAGCCCCACAGCUGCCCCGACGGGGAGUUUGCAUGUGGGACACAUGAGGAGUGUGUUUCCAACAGCAAAGUGUGUGACUUUAGAGAGGAUUGUUCUGAUGGCUCCGAUGAAUUAGACUGCGUGAGGGAGCGUUGUGAUUUUGAAGGUGGUGACACUUGUGGUUGGAAGAGUAUUGAGACCACUCUGGUUCCCAGUCACACAUUUCGCUGGUCACCAGAACAAGGGGAGAGCAUUCAUGACGGAGAGCAAUACCACCGUCCUAUUAACGACCACACACUAGGCAGUCCGGAGGGUUGGUAUAUGUGCGCUGACAGUUCAAACGGAGGCUACGGUCAAACCACCGACCUCCAGACACCUGUCAUCUCCUCCACUGGGCCACAGUGCACCCUAGUCUUCUGGUACCACAUGAGCGGAUUCACAGUGGGAUCGCUGCAGGUGCUGCUGAAGAAUGGGAAUGUCACUCAGGAGGUUUGGUCCCAGACUGGUAACCAAGGCAACAAAUGGAGACGAGGAGAAGUCUUUCUGGGGUUAUCAAACACCUUUCAGGUGGUGUUCAGGGUGAAGCGAGGGAUCAGCUACAUGGGCGACGUGGUCAUCGAUGAUGUCAGCUUCCUGCACUGUUCCCCUCCUCUUCUUCCGGAACAACCAUGCACACCUGAGCAGUACGCCUGCGCUAACGGUCACUGCAUCCCCGAGGACAACCUGUGUGACUUCAUCAACCACUGUGGGGACAACUCUGACGAGGACCCUUACAUCUGCAAGGGCUUUGGCGUACGCUGCAGCUUUGAGUUUGACCUCUGUUCCUGGCGUCAGUGCCGGGAGGACGACUUUGAUUGGCUGAUCAAGGUGGGCAGCACUCCCACUGUUGGCACUGGGCCUUCAAGUGACCACACCCUGAGGGACCCCUCGGGCCAUUACCUCUACCUGGAGAGCUCCUUCCCUCAGGCAGCUGGGGACACGGCUCGCAUAUCAGGACCUUUACUGAGCUACAGGAGCAAAGAGUGCAAGAUGCAUUUCUAUCUCCACAUGUCUGGAGACGGCAUCGGCACCCUCGGCGUGUUCAGCAGAAGCGAAGGUCGUCUUCACCUCCUCCUGAACUUGACCGGAGAUCAGGGAAACUACUGGCAGAGGAGGGAGAUCCAGCUGAGCAACACCAGAGACUUUCAUGUGGUCUUUGAGGGCAAGGUGGGCCGCAAUCCGAAGGGCGACAUCUGCUUGGACGACAUCACUUUCUCUCCGGGUUGUCUGCUCGCCUCCUCAGCUGAAAUAGAGGACGACACUCCUUCACCUCCUGCAGGCUCCUGUCCACCAGGCCUCCUGCCGUGUGAAAACGGUCGGUGUUUCACUCUGGGGCAGAGCUGUGACUUCACAGACGACUGUGGGGACGGCACUGAUGAAAAGGAUUGUGGGACUUCCUGCAGUUUCGAGAGCGGUCGCUGUGGCUGGAAGAGCUCCCGGGCCGAUAAUUUCAAUUGGACGCUUGGAACGGGAUCUGCCAGAAGCAUACGGCCUCCAUACGACCACUCGCUGAUUGAUGAGAAUGGUCAUUUCAUCUACCUAGAAGCUACACCUGUGGGUCUAAAAGGAGAUAAAGCUCACAUUAGAAGCUCUGUGUGGAAAGAGUCGAGCGCCAUCUGCAAGCUGACCUUCUGGUACUACAUCUCCCAUAAGGCCUCAGGAACAAUUCGCUUGUUGAUUAAGACCGAGAACGAUCUGUGGGAGGUGUGGAACAAAAUGGGCAAUCAAGGGAACAAGUGGAACAGAGCGGAGAUCCCUCUGAGGAAGCUGAGGAACUUUCAGGUGAUUUUUGAAGGGAUUCGCACAAUGGACGUGAGCGGAGGAGCCGCCCUGGAUGACCUGGAGUUCAUUGACUGUGCACCAAAUGCUGUAGAGCCAGCAAGUUGUCCUGCACUCACAGACUUUGUGUGUAGCAGUGGUCACUGCAUCGAGUCCCACUUGGUGUGCGACAACAAGGCCGACUGUGCUGAUGGAUCAGACGAGAUAGACUGCGAUCACGUAUUUGGCUUACCAGGCGCUUGUGAUUUCAACAUGGAUGAAAAACAGUGGGAAGAUUCGUGCCAGCUCUCUCAGGAUACUGAUGAUGACUUCGAUUGGAGGAUUGGUCAUCGGACUGAGACGCCAGGAGCUGGACCUCCCACUGACCACAGUCCAGGUGGUGGGGGUAAAUUCCUGUACAUACAUUCAGCCACUCAGAGAGAGGGAGACGUUGCCAAAGUCACAACCAGGAGUCCAUUCCCAGCCAGUCACGGCCUUUGUCACCUGCGCUUCUGGUUCUACAUGCACGGCUCUGACGGGAUGGGAACGCUCAAGGUCUACACUGUUGGACCCAGUGGAACCAGACUACUGAUGUGGGCAACGACUGGAAACCAUGGUAACCACUGGACAUAUGCUAAUGUCAUCCUUUCCAACCCAGCACCUUUCAGAGUGACCUUAGAGGCAGAGGCGGGUGGAGACAUGUGGACAGACAUCGCCUUGGAUGACAUUUCCUUCACUGUAAACUGCAAAGAUGAAGGACCCAUAACUCCCCAGCCCCUGACCUGUGCCGUGGACCAGUACCGCUGUUUGUACUCCUUUCAGUGCAUCCCAGAGAGCUGGAGGUGUGAUGGAGAGCCGGACUGUGCAGACAGGUCUGAUGAGGAGUUUUGCCCCACCAUGGAGGCGGGGACUCUUCCUCCUCAGGAUGGCUGUCCCGAUGGAUAUUUCCAGUGUUUGAAUGAUGCCUGCCUCCCAUCUAUUCUGCGCUGUGAUGGCAUCCCAGACUGCCCUUAUGGAGAGGACGAGUACAGCUGCCCUCUGCUGCAGUGUGAGCUGGGAGAACUGGUGUGUGAAGGUUUGCCUGGUUGUAUCCCUCUUCAGAGGCGUUGUGACCGCUCUGCCGACUGUCUGCCGUUUCACUCAGAUGAGUCCAGCUGCCAUGAUUGUCCUCCGCUGUACUGCUUGAACGGUGGCACAUGCCGUGUGGAGAAACACGGGCCUGACUGCAUGUGUAAUCCAGGAUGGACCGGCAACCGCUGCCAUGUGAGAGAGAAACCGACUCCUCCGACAUCAACACCCAAACCAGAGGAUACACAGCUGGCUGUGUAUGUUGGCAUCGGCAUCGGUCUGCUGCUGCUCGUAGCCGGAGUAGCUGUCUGCGUUCUGGCUUUAUGGGCAAAAAAACGCCAUCUAAUAAAGCACAAACUGAUGGACUGCGGGGUGAUGCAUAAUCCAGCCUUUGACUGCGGAGCAGAGUCUCCCUCGCUGCAUGAAAGGCCAUGCUGUUGUCCCAGCGUUAACCCCGGCAGGAGCGAUAGUCGCGGGCUUUCAAUCAGUGUCUACCCCUGGAGGAGGGAGGUGGAGCAGGCCUCGACCUGGAAAGAUGCCAAGCUGUCCUUCGCCAACCCGCUGUACAAUUACCCCCCAGAUGCUAAUAGCGCUGACUACAGAAGCUCUGAAGCAUAAAGACAAUGGACUUAAAAUAUUGACACUGCAGUGCAUUCAGGUCAAGCAGUGUGUGCACAGACUGGAGUUUGUCUUGACCUGCUGGUGAGCUAAGGGAGAAGGAAGAUGCUUAAAAGCAGAUAUUUUUAUAGGGCUUAUCUGAAUGUCUGAAAAGCUGCAUGUUGUAAUUGAAAACUUGAUUAUUAAUUUAUCAUAUAAAUGAUGAAUUACACCCGGACCAUCUGCCACUCAGUGGGAAAAGAAGGGCUAAAAGGGCCACACGCUAACACUUGAUUGUUGAGUUUAAGACUUUAUAAUUUCCUCCAUACUGAUAUCAAUAAAUAAAGCCAUCAAAUCACUUAAGUACUGUAAACGGCUUAGGGUUAUAUGAGGUAGUCAUCAAUAUUGAGUUUAUUAGCAACAGGAGAUGGAUGUGAGCUUGGCCCUUUUGUUAAGUACCAUUAUGGAAGCCAGGCUUAAAAAUGAAUACACAUGGGUGUGAUUUUACUGGGUUAUGCAGCUAUUAUUAAGGAAUAAACGCCUUAUACAAAGCCAGGGUAAGUGUUCGCUAUGUUUAGAAAUAUUUCACUGCAUUUUUUAUUUGUUCUAAGAAAGUUUUCAAGCCUUGGCACUGUUUUGUAAGUGCAACAUAUCUGUGUUCCUCCUCCUAUGCUUGGCUUGCAGCAUUGAGGCUUGUUUAGAGCCACUGAAAUAUUGCCGAAUAUGAUGAAUGCUGUUUUUAAGUAGGUUAAAUAAAAUUGGCCCCAUCCACUGCCUUGGAUAGCAUAGCUUGCUUGCCAGUACUCCCACUUGUUUCUCAAUAAAGGGGGUGCCUAUACACCUAAUGUUCUCAAGUCUGUCAAACAGAGCCACUGAUAUCCCUUAAAUAUACCAAAUCCUCUCAGUAGAACCUCAGAACCAGUCUUAUUAGGUAAAGGUUAUCAUACCUAACUUCGGUGGUUCUCAACUGGUCUGGCCUCAGGAGUACCUCAACAACCACUUAAUG